ACUCUCACAAUAAUUUAUGUUUAUUUGUUACUCAUUCGUCUUUUUAUACUAAGAGGAAGCCUACAAAAACCCCAGACCCAAGUACCCCACCGUCUUCAGGCACCAACCACCUCCAUCGCCUGUACAGUCGACCAGGCGGAAAUUGCUAGCAGGCAACAACUUCCACCGCCAUAAGCCACCUCCGCCGCCGCCACCGCCGCCACCGCUACCGCUACCGCUUUUAAUUGGAGUGAAGAUGAAGAAGUGUAUGAAUUUUUAUUGGUGGAUUAGCCGAGGAAAUUGAAAGAUUGGAUACUUAAGGAAACCUAGUACAUGGUUGGUUUUCAAGUUCUGAGUGUAUUGGCUGGUGAAUCUAUACAAGCAUUGAUUUGUGGGUGGAUCAAGUGCUGCAACUGCAAAGGGGAAGAUGAAGUUCCAAAUUGAAGACAUUACAGUUUACUUUCCAUAUGACCAUAUCUAUCCAGAGCAGCAUUCCUACAUGGUUGAGCUCAAACGAGCCCUUGAUGCUAAGGGUCACUGCCUACUGGAGAUGCCCACUGGAACUGGCAAAACAAUUGCACUCUUAUCUCUCAUCACAAGUUAUUCACUUUCUAAACCGUCCAAUCCUAUUAAACUCAUCUACUGCACUCGUACUGUUCACGAAAUGGAGAAAACUUUAGCUGAGUUAAAAGUCCUCCAUGACUAUCAAAUUAAACACCUAGGCCCAGCAGCUCGCCUUCUUGCAGUUGGGCUCUCAUCACGUAAGAAUCUUUGCAUCAACCCAGCUGUGGUCUCUGCUGAAAACAGAGAUUCUGUUGAUGCUGGCUGUCGCAAGCUUACAGCUAGUUGGGUAAGAGCUCUUGCAAUGGAAAAUCCUAAUGUUCCUACUUGCUCCUUUUUUGAAAAUUAUGAGAAGUCUGGUUCAGAGGCAAUUUUGCCUCCUGGAGUUUAUACAUUGCAUGACUUGAGAGCAUUUGGCAAGCAGAAAGGAUGGUGCCCAUAUUUUCUAGCACGGCAUAUGGUGCAAUUUGCAAACGUAGUCGUUUACAGUUACCAGUAUCUGCUUGAUCCAAAAGUUGCAGGGAUAAUUUCAAAAGAGAUGCAGCGGGAAUCUGUAGUUGUUUUUGAUGAGGCGCACAACAUUGAUAAUGUGUGCAUUGAGGCUCUUAGUGUUAGUGUGAGAAGGCAAACACUUGAAGGUGCCACUAGAAAUAUUUCAAGGAUGUCUCAAGAAAUUGAGAGGUUCAAAGCCACAGAUGCAGGGAAACUGCGUGCAGAAUACAACCGUCUUAUUGAAGGGUUGGCCCAAAGGGGAAAUUUACCAUCUGGUGAUACUUGGCUCUCCAAUCCUGCUCUGCCUGAUGAUAUUCUGAAAGAGGCGGUACCUGGGAAUAUCCGUCGAGCAGAGCAUUUUCUAUCCGUUUUGCGUAGAUUGGUGCAGUAUCUCAAUGGCCGAUUGCAAACUGAAAAUUUUGAAAAGGAGUCACCUGUUUCUUUUGUAGCGUCACUAAAUAAUCAAGCUGGACUUGACCAGAAAACCUUGAAAUUUUGUUAUGACCGCCUGCAUUCCCUUAUGUUGACCCUUGAAAUAACGGAUACAGAUGAGUUUUUAAAUAUUCAGACAAUUUGUGACUUUGCAACUCUGGUGGGCACUUAUGCCAGGGGUUUCUCAAUUAUAAUUGAACCCUUUGAUGAGAGGAUGCCUCAUAUUCCUGAUCCUAUACUGCAGCUAAGCUGCCAUGAUGCGUCACUUGCUAUAAGGCCUGUAUUUGAACGUUUUCAGUCCGUUGUAAUUACCUCUGGCACCCUAAGUCCUAUCGAUCUGUACCCACGCCUUCUUAAUUUUAAUCCUGUUGUCAGUCGAAGUUUUACUAUGUCCUUGACAAGGGAGUGCAUUUGUCCAAUGGUCCUAACUCGUGGAAGUGAUCAACUUCCUGUUAGCACCAAGUAUGAUAUGAGAAGUGAUCCGGGUGUCGCAAGGAACUAUGGAAGGCUUUUACUGGAAAUGGUUUCCGUUGUUCCUGAUGGAGUAGUGUGUUUUUUUGUCAGCUAUUCUUACAUGGAUGCAAUUGUAAAUACAUGGAAUGAAACAGGAAUUCUAAAGGAAAUAAUGCAACAUAAGCUUGUAUUCAUUGAAACUCAAGAUGUUGUAGAAACUACUUUGGCUCUAGACAACUACCGCAAGGCUUGUGAUUGUGGGAGAGGUGCCGUCUUUUUCUCUGUUGCAAGGGGGAAGGUAGCUGAAGGUAUAGAUUUUGAUCGGCAUUAUGGAAGAUUGGUGAUCAUGUUUGGGGUUCCCUUUCAAUACACAUUGAGCAAGAUUUUGCUUGCCCGACUUGAAUAUUUGCGGGACACUUUUCAGAUAAAAGAAGGCGAUUUUCUAACUUUUGAUGCGUUGAGACAAGCUGCUCAAUGUGUAGGCAGAGUUAUUCGGUCAAAAGCUGAUUAUGGGAUGAUGAUAUUUGCUGACAAAAGAUACAGCCGGCAUGAUAAGCGCUCCAAGCUGCCCGGAUGGAUAUUAUCACACCUACGUGAUGCCUACCUUAAUUUGAGCACUGAUAUGGCGUUACACAUAGCUAGAGAGUUCCUCCGAAAGAUGGCUCAACCGUAUGACAAGACUGGUGCUGGGGGCAAGCGAACCCUGUUGUCUCAGGAAGACGUUGAAAAGAUGAGCAGUGCAGAUGACAUGAUGUUUUGAUUGUGUAGGGGAAUUUUCAAUCCGCCAUUGCUCAUGCUCUAUGUAGGACUUCAUGAAUGGUUGUCCUCUCCUAAGAGAUAGCAAGUACUUAGCAAGAUGCCAGAUCUUUGAAGAGAUCCAUCGGGGUUUGGCCCGUCGACAUUUGUUCAUGCCUAGAAUUUUUACUUAGCUCAUCAAAUUUUGUUUUAAUUAUUUGAUUUUAUGUUAAGUUGUCUACACAUAAAAAUUGUUCAAGAUCUGCCAUUAGUGAAAAAGAUACGAGAAGUGGCCAAGUAUACUUUUUUGCAGAUAUAUAUUUUAGGUUGAAGCAAUAUGUUAGGAAUGAAUCCAAGCUAUGAGAUCGAUGGGGUAUCAAUGUAGGAUUUGCGCUUUAGUCUAUAACACUGGAUUUUGUAAGCUGGUGUAUUUUAUACCCCAUAGUUUCUCUCAAUUAGCUCCACUUUUUAUUUUAUUUUGUCUCAUUAAUUUUCCAAUUUUUAGUCUUCAUCAUUCAUUGAUACAUCUA